AUGUUUAUAAGGUAUUUUGCAAUUGGUUCACUAUGUGGUGUUCUUGCUUGUGUCCGGCAUUGUAGGGAUCUCGUAGCGGAGAACUCGAGGGAGCUGCGGGCGUACUACAAGAGUAUUGCCGACUGCAUGGAUCAGAUGAGGACGAUAGAGGAGCUUGCCGGACCGGAGGGGGUCUCCGUUCGUGAGUUGACAAAAUUUAGCACACCGGUUGGGAGCACCCAAAGGGCAAAACGGGUUACCUAUAUCUUUCCAUAG